UGGAGCCAAAAUUUCUCAAACCUUUGCGCCUCUACCAUUCUACGAAAGCUACGCAUCAAUGGAGGUUAACCCAGAUUCGAAGAAGAGGAAUUUACCCUUUUCCUCGUUGAUCCACACCGCCGUCGGCUACUUCACCAGAAACAGCGGCUCUAAUGGUGUUCAACACGAUUCCAGUCGCCGAAGUAACCCAGAACCCAAGCUCAAAAGACCCAGAUCGGCUAUUUCCGAUGAGGGUAACGUGAUCUUGAACGAUCUGGUUAAGGAUCUACGAUCCAGACGAGUGUUCUCUCCCAGCUCAGUCCUCUCCGAGUACGGUUGCGUGGAUUCCAACGACGAUGCGAAGAGUUCGAAGAACGAGGAUCUCAAGAAUGUGGAUGAGAAGAAAUUCGAUGAGCUGAAGGAAGAUUCGAACGUGGAAGUUGUUCGGACAACGCCUCCUGAGCCUGUGGAUUCUGGCGUUGAAGAGGAGUAUAAGAGCUUGGAAAAACCCUUAAAUGGGAACUCUCAGAACAUCCAUUCCAAGACCAAAGUGACUCUUAAACCAUGUUCUCGACGGAAAGUGUUUAAAACCCCAGGCUCUGUCAGCUACAGACGAAUGCUACCAUAUUUGAUGGACAUUACGAAGGAGGAGUCAUGUGGGCUUGAGAUUCAUCAGCGCCCUAAACAUGACAAGGGUUUGGAAGAAACGAAACCCCAUAUUACACAGGCUUCACAAAGUGAAGAAACUUCUAAAGAUAACGCUGAGGAAGGUGAAGUGUUGGUGGAAUGUCUCCACAAUGGUCAUUCUGAUGCUAAGCAAAAGACUGUACCAGAUUGUGCCCUCGAGUCUUAUGAUUUGGGACUUUCUUGCAAAGAUCAAAAGAUGGCCAACUCGGAUUGUCAUACGCAGGUUGUCAUAGAGGAUUUGCAGAUUGUAAAUGACAGUCUUAUUUUGCCAUCUUCUGAUGACAGUAAGCUGGAGGAUGUAGGCAUGGAAACUGAUGGUGGAAUUCCUUGCAAGGUUCUAGAUGAAGACAUUUUGAACACUAAAUUAUCUCCCACUGCUGACGGCUCUAGUUCUGGAACAGAUAAUGAACUUGGUCAGUAUUCUGAGGAUUCAAGACAACUUGGGAAUGAAAGGAUGGGAAAUUUUGAUGUGGUCCAACUUUCUAAGGAUCAGAAAUUGGAGCAAUUGAAUGAUCAGAGAGGUGGAGAUGAUGGUGAGGUUGUAAAUCAAGUCAGUCAUUUGAAAGAAGAAUCUAUUCAGAUGACACCUGCAGAUGCUGAUAUCUAUGUUAAACCAGAAGUUGAAGGAAAUGUAGCUAAUAGAGAAGACUGUAUUCUGCAGAGCAAGGAUCACUGUCUUGGGAAGCUAACCGAUGAAAUUAACCAUAGAACUGGUAGCCUGGAUUAUAAUUUAAGACCGAACUCCAAGUGCAGAGGGGUUUUAAAGCCGCGUUCACAAUUGAAGUUAUUCAGAAGUCCAGGCUCAUUCAGCUACGGGAGAAUGCUGCCUUUUAUUAUGGAUAUAGCCAAGGAUAAUUCUGAUGCUUUCGGAAAUGGCUAUUGCAUAAAACCAGAGAAAGACUUGGAACAGCCAUCAAAUGCUUCUAAUGAAGGAAUUCAUUUGGCUAAAUCAAAAGGUUUGGAAUGUAAGGAAAAUCAGAAGGUUGUUUCUGCUGUUCCACCACUGACUAAACAGCCAUCAAAUGCUUCUGACAAUCAAGGAAUUAUUUUGGAAAAGUCAAUUGGUUUGGAAUGUAAAGAGAAUCAGAAAGUUGAUUCCGCUCCUCCACCACUGACUGUACUAAGUGCUGGCAAUGAUUCAUUCAAUGAUGAACCAAAUCUGAUACUUCCUGAACGUGGUUUUGUUUUGAAUGUAAAUCAGAUUAUAUCAGAUGUACUGAGUGAAAUUGAAGCAUCCCCUGACCUUCAAUGUUCACCAGAGGAUACAAACCGGCAGGUUGAAUCAUCAUGCACCAGUAAUUGUGAAUCUUCAUCAAGAGAUGAACUUGAAAUGUCAAACUCUAAUCAGUUAUCAGUUGUGACUGAAUGUGACUCACCAAAGUUGGCUAUGGUUGUAAGAUCAGCGGAGGCAGGUAGCCCUUGUUACACUCCAUCCCCACAUCAAGUCCUAGUUCAUCCAGAAACUGGACUCAAAAAAGGGAUUCUUAAAAGAAAUCCGCGAGGAUGCCGAGGGCUUUGUACUUGUUUGAACUGUGCUUCAUUUAGGUUACAUGCGGAGAGAGCAUUUGAAUUCUCAAAGAAUCAGAUGGAGGAUAGCCAAGAAGUGGUCACAGAGUUGAUUAAGGAACUAUCAUACCUGCGCAAGGUAUUAGAGGAAUCUGCUAACAGUGCUGAUGAUCAGAUUGUUGUUCAAGCCAGUCUAGCAAAAGAAGCCUGUAGGAAAGCAGCUGAAGCAGAAGAACUUGCGCGAAACCGCAUUAGCCAAAUGAACUAUGAUCUCAACAUUCACUGCAGGAUAACUUGCUUGGAGCGGCCAAGAGUUAGAUUUGCUAAUGGUGUUGAAGGAAAUGUCAUCCCCAAGGCAAACUUUCCCAGUGAGCAAGUACUGAAACUUGAGGAGGAUAAAUGAAACUAUCACAAACCAGGUGAUUUUGGCUGACUGUGCAAUUACUAGCCAAUAUGUUCUUGUAAAAAGAGAUUGAAAAAAAAAGUAAAUUGAGUAGAGGAAAUCUUGGUUUUGAGGAUUUCUACACUAAGUUUAAGUGCCUCAAACUUUCUAGUGUUAUUAAAGAAAAAGAAAGUCUAAUGAUGUAUGGUUUAAAAUAGUUCCCCUUAAUUGGUGUUUCCAGAGCAGUAGAAAAUUGUUUUGUUACUUGAAUUUGGUGUUAUAUAAUUGCUUUAAAUGUAGAAUGUAAAUUUGGAAGGUGCUUCAAAUGUCAAUUCUCUAAGAUUAUCAA